AUGGCGGCCUUGAAUCCAGGUCAGUUCUCGAAUCACUACAUCGAGCUAAGACCUCGCGCGGACCUCGACUUCCGAUUCGGAAUUUUUGCACGAGCAGACAUCGCAAAAAAUAUUUGCAUUCUCGAAGAAGCCCCGUUGUGCAUUUCCUUGCACAACACCGAGUUCAACAAAUGUCUCGCAUAUGAAAUUCUCACCAAUAGCAAGAAAGCCCUGUUCAACAACCUGCGAUACUAUUGCUGCCCCGAUUGCAGCAUGUCCACGACUUAUAAGAUCUGGUCUUCGAAUGCUCUUAAGUAUGGUGAAGAUGAGGCGAGCAUCUUGUACAACGUGGCGUCUUACUUCAAUCACGACUGCACUCCCAAUGCUCUGGUUGACACCUCUUGUCCCCGCCACGCAGGUGGCCAUGUCAAAAUCAUCACCAGGAGAGAUAUUCGAGCCGGGGAGGAAGUCACCGUUUCAUUCAUUCGAAAGCCAGGUACGACUUCGCAGAGGCGGAAAGAAUUGAAGGAUAAAUGGAACUUCACAUGCUCGUGCCAGACUUGUACAUCCAAUACCAAAUUAACGGCCAAGAUGCUCAGAGAGCAAGAUAAAGCAGUGAUGGCCACAAACCUCGCAACGCACCUUUAUGGCGUGGACUGUCUACCAUCGGCAUUUGAUCUGCAAAGAUCUCAGCAGAUGAAUGGUUUCAUCGAAAACCUCAAGGUCCGAAUUGCCGCCCAAAGUCAAGCCUUCCUCGACGAUUUUCAAGCGGCAGAGAAAGAUUCUGGGAAGCAUUGGAAGGAGAUCACUCCAGCGAAGCUUCUCGCUUUCAUUGAACAAGUCGCAACCUACUUGCGCGAAUUGUUCCCGAAUUCGAUCAGUGCAGACUUCUUCAAGCGAACAGGUGACAGGGCGGCCAUGUUUAAUCAAAAGAUUUUGACAGAGGAAUUCUUGAUGGAGGAGGCAGCUGCGAACUAUGAGUUUGUACUCGAGGAUGCUUACAUGUCUGGAGAAUAAGCUUCGUGUCAUGCAAAUAGAAGAGACGUCUCUGACAGAAGCUUGUUGCUCUUACUCAUGUACUCUUGCGGGAAAUGCCUUGGUAGCAGGAAAAUUCGCGGUCUAUUGUUUUUGGAGAACUUUGCUCUUUCUUUGGAAGCUUGUUGCUGUUUAAGACGAAUUGCUGUUCUUGCAUACAAAGAGGCUAAAAGAGUACAGACAAGCGCAGAUGAUAGGACGAUGUUGGCAAGACAAGGAAAAGUUUGGACGCGCUGAUUCUCAAGA